GUGAACAUCAGUCAACAGUGUUCGUAAACCGAAAAUGCCAGCGACUAGACAACCUAUGCGUUAUGCCCAUAGCGAGGGCCACACCGAUCUAUGUUAUGAUGAAAAUGGCAGAUACAUGCUGACAUGCGGUGGCGAUGGGUAUGUAAGGAUCUGGGAAAGUCUAGAUGACAACGAUGCAAUCUCACACCAAAUCGGAGAGAACGUAUUUGCGGUUGCCUGCAAGAAAGACACAUUUGCUACGGCUUCAGAUACACUUUCAGUGCAGUUGCAUGGCUUUCCAAUGGGAGAACCAGAAGGGAUCAUCACAAGGUUCACAGCACCAGUUAGCCACAUGUGCUUCAACAAGAGUGGAAGUCUGCUCUUGGCAGGCUCAAGUGACUUCACGAUUAAACUGGUGUCGGUGACAGACAAGACAAGCAAAGUAUUUCAUGAGCACACAGCGCCAGUAUUGAGCGUUUCUCUUGACCCUCUAGAGGAGUAUGUUGCAUCGUCCAGCUGUGAUGGAACGGUGAAAAUCUGGACAGUGGCCGACCAGCUGUCUGAGAUGACUUGGAACGUGUUGCCAAAGACUAAUGACAUCACAUUCUCGAAGACUCUAUGCCGUGUCUCUUGGAGUCCGAUCACUGCUGAGUGCUUGGCAAUACCAGUGGAUAAGGAAGUGCAGCUAAUGAAAAGGGACACGUGGGAGCUAGCACACACACUGACACAUGAAGAUAUCAAAGAGGUAGUAUCCAUAGCAACAUUCUCACCCUGCGGAAACUUCCUCGCUGCAGCGUGUAGAGAUGGGCUGAUCUUGGUUUGGGAUGUAUCAAGCAGACAAUGCAUAGAAAGACAGCGUCAUGACAAAAACCUCACAAUCUGUAGUUUGGUUUGGAAUCCAAAGAAGAAAGGAGAACUGGCAUACAGUGAUACACAGGGUCAACUUGGUGUGAUAGGUAACAUAAUUCCAGAGGAAUACCUGUCAAAAGAGAGAGCCGCGAAUGUUGGCCCGAGUGCUGACCUGUUUGCAGACAGCGACGAUGACAUGCUGUUGACCGCAGCCGCGCAGGCAGGAGACGCUGACGAUGACGAUGAUGAUGAGUUUGACUUUAGCAAGCAAAAGAAGAGGCUACAGACUAUACUAGAUGGGGAAGACACUAUGGAUUCUGCUGUGGUUCCCAUCGCAACAGACAAGAUGGCAGCUGGUGGCGAUGCUGCUGCAGUUAUUCCGAUGCUGCCUCGGGCAACGACGCCUCUGCAGCCCUCAUUCCAGCCUGGGGCGACCCCCGUUGAGUUGUCUCACCGCUUCAUGGUCUGGAACUCCGUUGGCAUGGUGCGCUCGUACAACACCGAGGAGGAGAACAGCAUUGACAUUGUGUUCCACGACACCGGCACCCAUCACACCAUGCACAUUUCCAACCAAUCGCAACACACCAUGUGUGACAUCUCCGCAGAGGCUGUGCUGCUCGCCUGUGAGGGAGACGCAGACGAAUAUGUGCCUACUCCCAGUCAACUCACGUGCAUGCACUACUCCUCUUGGGACAGCUGCAAAGAUUGGAAUGUCACUAUGCCAGAGAAUGAGAACAUUAAGGCUGUCUGUCUCGGCACGAGCUGGGUUGCCGUGGCAACGGAUCAGUUCAACCUGAGACUCUUCACGGUGGGUGGCCUGCAGCGUGAGAUAUUUUCUAUACCUGGACCCGUGGUGUGCAUGGCUGGUCACAGUAAUCAGCUGAUAGUUGUCUUCCACUUAGGAACAGGUGUUCCGGGUGACCAGUGUUUGGGUGUAACAUUGAUGCACCUGGACAAGACUGUCAGUCCGGUACUCGAUGCACUAAGGCUGCCCAUUAGCCCUAAGUCUAGGCUGUCGUGGCUCGGUUUCUCUUCAGAAGGCACACCAGUCACGAUGGACUCCUGCGGAAUUGUGCGCAUAUUGAACAGGUCCUUCCACAAUGUCUGGUCGCAGCUCGCAAACACAAAGUCACAGGUGAAAGGCAAGUCAGAUAACUUCUGGAUGGUCGGUGUGACAGAGAAUCCAGCCCAGCUCAGGUGUAUUCUCUGUAAAGGGAAGACCUACCCUGCAACUCUUCCACUGCCUAUCGUUACACUUCAGCCAUGCCAGCUUCCACUCUGUGAAAUGUCGACAGAGAAGAGCCAGCAGGAGGAGCAGCUGUGGCGUUCGCGGCUGCUGAGCGGCCAUCUCGGCUACCUGCCACGACUGGGUCUGGAGUGCGAGGAAGAUGCUGUAACUGAAGCCAUUGCUGCCCAACAGGAGGUCCUCAUUAAGAUGUUUGCGCUGUGCUGUCGCUCGGAGCGUGAGUUCAGGGCAGCAGAGAUCUGCGAACAGUACAUGACAAUGCAGGCUCUACAGCUGGCCAUCAAAUAUGCCAGUCGCAUGAAGCACACCUCGCUCGCUAACAGGCUCAAUGAUCUGAUGAGGUAUCGCAUGGAGAAAGAGGAGGAGGAGGAAGAAGCUGCGCGAACAGAGCAGGAGGCAGCAGAUGAUGGGGAUUGUGACUUCAGAGCUGCCAUCAAUGCUGGGUAUAAUCAUUCGGAAACUGAGUGGGCGCAGGAUCGCUUACCACAGCGGAAUGGCAGACGACAGCAUCGAGAUGAUGAAGAUAAGGAUGAAGAAGCUGUGGAUGAUGAUAAUGAGGAUGCAGAGAACGAAGACGAGUCUGAGACACUUAUAUCAUAUGUACCUAAAAAAGCAAAGAUGCCUCAACGAUUCUUAGCUUCAAGCGGAACAGUGACAAAUCCAUUUAAGGUCGCCUCUCAGAUUGAAGCCACUCCACCUGUUACUUCUGUGAGGGGCACUGGCAUCUUCGACAGCAUGCGCAAACCGACACAGAAGAGCCAGCAGUCUUCGUGGAAAACCGUGCCUAGUCUGGACAAGAACAGGCAGCAGCAGCGCAAGAAGAAGCAGGUGAAAGCAGCAUCAAAACAGCAGAGUCUCACCGACACUCUAAAGACGGCUGUGCCAAACUCUGACGGACCAAGUAUGCCAAACCAAACUGCAUUUAGGAGAGUGUCUGGCCUGCAGCUGUGGCGGGAAGCGAAUAGAGAUGAGAUACGAGAAGAGCAUCCAGAAUUGGCCGAGGACGAUGACGAAGACCAUGCUGUCGCUAAACUCUAUGUGCAGUUGUUCAAGCAGCUGCCGAAAGAAGAAAGAGAGCAAUGGAACGAGAGAGCAAAGAGUGAAUUGUCGAGGCCAGCUAUCGUGGAGUCUUCGCUGAAUAGGAAGCGAAAGCGAGAUAUUGAAGGAGAAGAGGAAGAGAAGGAGGAUAUGGAUGCAUCCUCGAAGGACAUAAUCGACAGGCCAACGAUAAUCAGACCAACCAGCGGCUCCUCAAAACUAUCUAGUUUUGCCUUCAAAAAAGACGAGUGAAAAUCUUUGGUUAGAGAUCCCAAGUUAUACUAUUGUCUCUUUCAUAUGAUACAGUAGGACUUGCGCUGCACAGCCAAACACCUAAUUGUGAUUGGUAACAGUGUCAGUUCGUCUUGGUCUGUGAUGUGUUUUACAUCGUCAUAUCUUCUCCCUAGUUGCGGUGCUGUGUACCAGUGGCCAAAUCCUAAGCAGAUAAGCUACAGAUCUUAUGUCAGUCUCACCAUGCGUGCCAUAAUUGCGGCUUAAUGCUAUUCGAUUAAAAAACAUUGGGAGGGAUAAGGCCGAGUAGAGGUCAUUGGUUUGGACCCAAGAAUUGGAGAACAAAAUAUGGGGAGUAUAGCUACUCUUCAAUACGUGCAUAUGUAUUUACACGUGUUAUGAUGUAUAUUUGUAAUAAAAUGUUCCUAUGGACAAUAUA